ACGCUACCCGCUGGAUCUGUAGUCCUAGAGAAGAGGCGGCAGGACCGAUAGCAGGACCGAGCAGGAAUCAAAACACAACUUCAGGGCCCGUGUCUGCGUUCACCCUUAUUUUUUUUUAGGCGCAAGGCAUCGAUAAGUGUCUGCGAAGUUAUUUCUGAGGCACGGGAGACUUACAAACACCGGUUUAUGCGAGCGAAGUAACCGUUUUGUCCUCGUUAACUAGGCUAACGCGAGCUAACGUUUGGCCCAGCUAGCGCUAGCUGUGGAGCUUACUUUUACCAGCAGAAGCAAAACAAGGAAUGAGUGAUGACCUCUGUGGUAGUGUCAGAUGGUGGAGGGAACAUAGUGGAAUAUGUGACUGUUGUGGAGGAGUCCCAGCAGCAGCCCACUGAGGAAGAGGAAGAAGUGGUACAGCAAGAGGUAGAGGCAGUGAUUGUGGAGGAAGACUUGGAGGAGGAGGAAGGAGUGGUGCUGCAGGAGGAGAGCUGUCCAGCUGUAAUAGUGGAGGAGGUACCCAGCGCUCAUGUGGAGGAGUGCUACUCGGCCCAAGUUCUAGUCUACGAUGAUGAGACAUACCUGAUGCAGGAUGUGGCUGAAGAACAGGAGGUGGUCACAGAAAUGGCUGAGACCAUGGAGAUGUCGGGCCAUGACAUGGUGUGUUUUGACAAAACGUUUGAAGCGGCUGAAGCUCUUCUCCACAUGGAGUCUCCGGGAGGACUGCACAGUGAACGCGGCACAGGGGAGGAUGUGAUGAUGGAGACAGUAGUGGAGGUGUCUACUGAGUGUGGAGCCAUAGAGGAGGAGUCCUUUCCCAUUCCUCCUGAAUGUGAACCUGUAGCGAAGAAGAAGAGAGGAGGUGGGCGAAAACCCAAGACACACCAGCCUGCUUCCAACGGCUCCUUCGAUGUGGGGAUCAAGAAGAGGCAGAGGGAAGGAAAAGGCAACACCACCUAUCUGUGGGAGUUUCUCCUGGAACUGCUGCAGGAUAAAAACACGUGUCCCAAAUACAUCAAGUGGAUGCAGAGGGAGAAGGGCAUCUUCAAAUUAGUGGACUCCAAGGCCGUGUCCAAGCUGUGGGGGAAACACAAGAACAAGCCUGACAUGAAUUACGAGACCAUGGGUCGAGCUCUGAGGUAUUACUACCAGCGUGGCAUCCUCGCCAAAGUAGAGGGUCAGCGACUGGCCUACCAGUUCAAGGACAUGCCCAAAAAUAUCCGGGUAAUUGAUGACGAGGAUGAGGGCGAGGAGGUGGAGGACAGCGAAGGCAUGAUGUCUGGCAGGAACUUGGCUCAACCGCAGGGCCCGGGCAGCCUGGUUGCCAGCUCCCCCACGGCCACCCACCCUCAGCAGACCUACGUCACUGUCAUCCCCAGCAACACAGCCACCAGGUCCAUCCGAGCCAUGCCGGUGGUCAUGACCAACUCGCUAGGUCAGAUGACAUUAAACUCGUCCUCUAUACUUACCACAGCCUCUGGUGUCCCAGUGACGGUGGCCAACGCCACUGCAGGUGCUCCUCCCAAACUGGUGAUCCAAGCGCUGCCCACCAUGCUUCCAACUAGCUCCAAAGCAGGAGAGAAGAUCACCAUCAUCACCAUCCCAGCCAACCAACUGGCCACUCUCAUGCAGGCCAAUCCAUCAGGCCAGCUCACGCAGCUUAUCCAAGCUAAACCUGUCGCUACGCAGCCAGGGCAAGCCACCGUUAAACCUGGAGUCACUGCAUCUACGGUCCAGCUAGCAGCAGGCCGCUCAGGACCACAGCUCAUUCUGGCUAAACCGGCGGCUGUGGCCCAGCCCUUGCCGCAGCUCUCUGUCCAGGUUAGCCAGCCUCACUCUGGCUCUCCCAAAUCCCCCACCCAGCCCCAAAAGCCCUCCAGCAUUCAGCCUGAAGCAGCACAAUCAGAGGUGGUAGUGGAAGCGCUGCCCCCCUCUAACCUGCCAGAGACAUCAGCAGAGUCCUGAGAGCCCUACCCUAGGAGGGUAGGAGGUAAUGGGUGUAACUGUGGACACUGCUGAGAAAGUGCGGGGCACAUCUCAUACCUUCCUCUGUCAGAGCAGAGCUGCUUCCUGGCUCAGACUGUCAGCCUGAUGUUAGUCUCCAGGGAGACUCCUGCCCUCACUAUGGAGCUGCUAAAGCCCCACGGAGGAUCAAAGGGACUGUUGUACACACGCACGCACACACACACACACACACACACACACACACACACACACACACACAAACACACACACACACACACACACACACACACACUCACACACACACACAGAUCAUUCAGAGCUCAGAAAACAUGGGCUGCCUUAGAUUGUAAAUGAAAAGAAGUCUUUUUGUAAUCAAACCUAAUAUAAAAAGCUUGACAAGACUUUGUUGUAAACGAAAGUGUAAAAAGCAUUUUUGAUACUCAGCUGGUAUGUAUCAGUACAGAUGUAGUUUGAAUUUUUUUUUUUUCGGUCUGCAAUGAUUUGUCUGCAGAAUUCUGUUACUCCACAGCACUGUCACAUUCUCCCGCUCUUCUGUCUUCUGUUUUUUUUACUGUUCCUAAAAAAGGGAGUGAAAGGAUGUCUGCGUCCAGGUAAAAGAACUAAAUGGUGUGCUCCACAUUUGAAGUAUAAUAUACUAUUUUUUCUUGUACUAUCAAUGUAUUGAAGUAGAUUUUACUGAAAUAUGUAUUAUAAAAAAAGACAAACAUGAA